UCGGUUGACAGUCUCGGAAGGUCAGUGGUUUCAUAUUUGACGGGUUGUUGAUAGGGUUGGGAGAGGGAGAGGACUCUCAAACCCUAGGGCGAGAAGCGGAAGGAAAGCUCGCGGCCCGGGGGCAACAAUUUCCUAUCGAGCAUUGGAAUUUGUGAAUACCUGUCAUCAUCAUGGUUAAAGAUGCCGACACGGGAGAGGUUGCAGCAAACAUCCACUGCAAAACAACGCAGAGGUAUUCACAGUGGAACAGAGAAAUAUAAUAGAACCAAUGAAAACCUACACAAGACUGACAAACAACCAGAGUGCAAAAGAAGAUGAUCUGUGCAAAUACAAUUUAAAAAAUGAGUAAUACUGAGAACAUGAGCUGCAGAAUCCUUGAAAGUGAGUCCAUAGGUUGUGGAAUCAGUUCGGAGUUGAGAUCUCCCUCCAAAGAUUGUUCCUCUUCCAUAGAAAGAGCUAUAUCUGACGUUUCUUGUCACUAGAGUAAUUGGAGGUCCAUAUAGAUUAAAGACUCUGCAACUCCAGGAGCCAAAAUGGCCGGAGAUCCGAUGUUCAUAAUUACUGAGAUCCUGAGAACAUGGGAUGAUAAACAACUUAUUGAGUUGACAAGCAUUUGUGAGGAUAGACUAAGAGGGGCAAUUGAAGAGGUAGUGCACAAAGUCAGUUUUGUGUUGGCCUAUGAGAAAUAUUUCAGUGAACGUGAACAUGAGGAUGUCAUUAAGACUGCAGAGACAGAAAAUCGGGCAAAUGCUUGCAAACUCUUCCUCCGUCUGGUGAGGGGAAAAGAUUCCGAAGUCCAAAGAUUGAUAUGGAAAUCCUUUGUGAAAAUGCACCACAUUGUACCAAAACUGGAUGAAUUGCUGAAGGAGAUACAGGGGCUUGGUUCUGAUCCUGUUGAAUGCUGGAAGGUCAUGCGAGGCUUAUCAGAACUACCUCCUUACCUGCGAGAUAUUCAGCAGCAGCACAAGGAGACUCUUCGGACACAAACAGAAAAACUGAGUGUCAGCACCAUCCUGAUGAGGGAGAAGGUUAUGGAUUUCCAGCUGACCGAUCGAUAUGCUGAGCUCACGGUGAUCUCUACUGUUCGAGAUCGGCAACUUGUGGAACAUGAGCUGCUGGCGAGAGGUCGGGACCACGAGAAAUGGAGGGACAAGCAUCUCCAGGGAGUGCUGGAAAAAAUCCGGACCGACCAGUUGUUUCAGAGCAGGUUUUCCCGGAGUAAAUUCAAAUCUCGGAGAUCGGCAGCAGUGGCCGGAGUAGCAGGGAUUGGCAAAACAACAAUGGUGCAAAGAAUUGUAUAUGACUGGGCCAUAGGGAGAAUAUACCAACACUUUCAAUUUGUCUUCUGUUUCAAAUUCCGAGAUUUAAACAACACUGGCUGCAAAACAACCCUGAAGAAUUUGAUUCUGGAUCAGUACCCUUACUUCGGGAGUACACUAGAAGAGGUCUGGAAGAACCCAGAAGGAUUGCUGUUUAUUUUCGAUGGUUUGGAUGAAUUCAAGUACACAAUUGAUUUUGCUGACAGUCAAUCUCAAUACAUGUGCCUUGAUCCCGAAUCGUGGUGUGACAAUGCGUCUGACAUUGUGUACAGUUUAAUCCAGGGCAAGUUGCUCCCAGGGUGUUCAGUACUGGUGACCACCCGCCCCACUGCGUUACAUUUAUUGGAAAAGGCAGAGAUUGGUGUUAGGGCUGAAAUCCUGGGGUUUGUCGGCGAGGAAAGGAAAAAAUAUUUCAGCAUGAUUUUUGAAGAUCAGGCAGUAGCAGCAGCUGUUAUUAAGCAUAUUGAGGAGAACGAGAUCCUGUACACCAUGAGCUACAACCCUUCUUACUGCUGGAUCCUUGGUUUGGCACUGGGCCCUUUUUUCAAACAAGAAGACAAGAACCUACGGCAAGUUCCCAAGACAAUCACCCAACUAUAUUCCUAUCAUAUUUACAACAUCCUGAAAAACCACAGCCUUGAGAUUGAAAGACCCUGUGACAUGUUACUGAAGGUUGGUGAGAUGGCCUUGGCAGGAGUAUGUGAGAAGAAGAUCGUGUUUACAAAUGAGGAUUUGAACAAGUACAAGCUGGAGCCAUCCCAGUUCCUGUCCGGGUUCCUGGUGGAACUCUUGGAGAGAGACAAUUGUGCCAAGAGCGUGGUGUACACUUUCCCACACCUCACCAUCCAAGAGUUUGUAGCUGCACUCGCACAAUUCCUGACGCCAGAUAACAAGGAUAUCCUGAAAUUCCUCUCUGAAGCCCACAGUGCAACUGAUGGGCGAUUUGAAGUAUUUCUCCGUUUCGUUGCUGGUCUGUCCUCUUCAUUGUUACAGGUCCUGAAGGAGUUUCUGGUUCCAGUUCCUUAUGAAAGAAUUUGCCGAGUGAUUGACUGGGUGAAAGAGGAGAUUAAACGUCAGGCUAGCAAUGGAAACAAAAGGAGCCUCCUGAACACAUUGCACUACCUGUUUGAGUCUCAGAAUACUGGACUGGCUCGGGAUGCACUAGAAUCUGUGCAGACACUUACAUUCUGUGGCUUGCGACUGACCCCGAUUGACUGCGUGGUCCUGUCCCAUGUCAUUGGAUUCUGUAACACAAUAAAGCAUCUCAAUCUGCGGGGCUGCUACAUUCAGCAUGAAGGACUCCAGCGGCUGGCACCUGGGCUGCACAAAUGUUACGAGUUACGGCUGGGUGAUAAUGAACUGGGAGAUUCGGGAAUAGAACUGGUAUCUGCUGCUCUGAACAAUGCAGAAUGUAAAAUACAGAAGCUAGAGUUGGAUAAGACUGGUCUCACAGCCACUUGUGCCGCUGGCUUGGCUUCUGCUCUCAAUAAAACACGCUCACUGACAGAGUUUGACCUGGGUAUUAAUAAACUGGAAGAUUUAGGAGUGAAACUUCUGUCUGCAGUUCUGAGCAACCCGGAAUGUAGCAUACGGAAACUGCGUCUGUGGGAUGUCGGUCUCACAGCCUCUGGUGCCAGUGAUCUCGCCUUUGCUCUAUCGACAAACUGCUCCCUGACAGAGCUGGAACUUGGUGAUAAUGACCUGGGAGAUUCAGGAGUGGAUAAAGUAUGUGUGGCUCUGAGGAACUCCAGCUGUAAGAUACAGAUCUUGAAGCUGUGGAAUACUGGUCUCACAGAUGAUUGCGCAGAGAAUCUUGCUUCUGUGCUCAGUAGCAUCCAAUCACUGAAUACUCUGGAUGUGGAAUCAAACUCCUUCACAGACCAAUCUGUCCCUGCUUUCUGCCGCCUCAUACAGACCCUCCAGAAUCUGGAAUGGAUUGGGCUUGGACGAAAUCGAUUUGGUUUUGAUGGAGAGAAGGAUCUGAAGUCACUGCAGCAAUCCAGGCAGAGAUUGAUUGUGUCAGUAUGAACAUCUGAAUGUAGAAGCAUCACUGCCCUCUGGAUGCUAAUAUUUUUGGCUGAUCACGUAUCUGCCCUCUUUACAGCAGUAUUCUGGGUUGAGACAACGGCAGGCAUUAAAUCUCUAAUUACCAUCCUGUACUUUAAUGCAAUUGUCCAAAUUAGUCCAUUCCUGGGAAGAUCUGUGGUUUGAUAUAGCAGAGUGUGACUGAGACAGUGCUUUCAUGUAGUCGGCUACAUCAGAGCUUCGAGAAUGUGGACAUUGUGUCAUUGUGUAAUCAAGAGCUCAGCAGCUCUAGGUAAGGCACAGAACAGAGCAUAAAAUAUAAAAAAGAACCCUCCUUUCUUGUGAUGGACGAAUAUUUUUUCUGACAGGCUUUGUUGUAAUGUGAGUAUUGUUAAAAGUAAGUUAAUACCGAUCAGGAAGCUGUUGGUAACAAGUGGCUAGUUCUGGGGUCAGCCGGGUUAUUACUUCCAGUAUGCAUUGUAUACAGUUCCACUACCCAUGCCGCACGAGGUACCUGAAAGCCUCUGUAUUGUAAAUAUUAUUUGCCGUCCCAGAUAAAGAUGUUCUUUUGGCCAUAAAAUUGCUGAGUGGUCCUUUUGUAAAGUAGAAGUUACCACAGGUUUAUUACAACUAUUGCUUACCGUGCCAUGUUCAAUUCCCACUGAGUGUGCUUAGUGACAAGGAUGCUGAUGAACAGGUUGAGAAAAGGAAUAGAAGUUGAAACUGCUGGAAGAGUGCAACAUAUUGGUGGCAUUAUUCUGAAACACGAGAUUCAGCAGAUGCUGGAAAUUGAGAGCAACACACAAAAAAUGCUGGGGGAGCUCAGCAGGCCAGGUAGCAUCUAUGGAAAUGAACCUUCAUCAGGACUCAGUAACAUUAUUUAUAUGUUUACUGUUGAUAGAUUGUUUAUUAACCUGCACUUUACAUCUAGCCAGCUUAUUUUUAAGAGUUAAAAGUAUUACAAUGCUGAAUCACUUUAAUACUAAGGGAAGUUGUAUAUAUGCACUGCAGAAUAUAUUGUGUUUGAGUGCAUGAAGGUAUCUCAAACUUUCUGUGCAACUUUAAUAAUAAAUUGAUUUGCUGCUACCCUGCAAUAUUUUAUUCUGCUUUAUCUUCAGCACGGAUUUUGCUUCUGCCACCCCAGGUUAAUCAAAAACUAAAACUGGUUUCACUUUAUUCUAUCAGAAAUUGAUGAAUUGAACAAAAUUUUGAAAGUGAUCUGCUUUUUGGAAAUACAUCAAAUAGUUGGCUGCCAUGAGCUACUAACCACAAAGUGGUAAUUGCCCUUCUAUUGAAAGUGGUAUUACUUUCUAUUGAAGAUAAUUUCAGUUCUCAGUUUGGGUUCUCAUGGUUAUUUUGUUGCACCAAUCACUUGACAGCGUAAACAGCUCAAUCUGACUUUCUGGCAGACCAGAGAGUUUCAUUCACCAUAUAGAAAAUUGUUCCUGUGCAUAUUUCUGGAGAUUCCUGAAAAGAGGAAUCCUAGAAGGAAUGGACAACGGUUCAACAUCCAGUGCUGCCAGUAAAGGCAGUGUGUAAAGUGGGUAAUUUUUGUCAUGGAGGUGCAAAAGAUUGGAGCAACAAAUAAUCUGCUGGAAGAAAUUUGAAGGCCCAGCAGCAUUUAUGAGAGGAAGAGAACUGAUGGUGUCAACAAUGCAUUUCCUUCUACAGCUGCUGUGUGACCUGCUGAGUUCCUCCAGCAGAAUGAAAUGGCCUAAUGUGCAUGAGAAUAAUAAUUUUAACGAUGAUUAAAAGCAUCUAUAGGUAAUAAAUUAAAAAGAAAAGAGUGUCUGUGAACGAGGUUCACCCAACUGAGUGAAGUGGAUUCAGGCAGUCAGAGCCAGUGAGUUGACUAUUCACGAGAGGCAGAGGAGGCUGCUCAACCCAUCGGCUUCAUGCCAGCUCCUGGUGGAGCAGUAUCUUUCUUUUCAAAUCUUUUUAUUAUUAUUAUUAUCCAAAAUACAAGAGUACAUCAAAGUGAGUAACAAUUACGUCUCAAAAGAGAAAAAGAAAACAGUAUUAAGGAUUGAAAAAUAUGGUGAUGUGGCGACCCAUUUCUUGGCACAUCUGAACCGGCUCACAAUUAGCCAGCGUUCCGGCUAAGGGAGAUAGCCUAUGGGGGUUUGUGAGUAUGUGUCUUUUGGAGCAUCAGCGCCCCACGGGGGGCAGGUUGAGGGAGGCUUAAAAGCAAGGCUGUGUAGUUCGAAUAAAGUUUUCUUUGACUGCAGUUUACCGACUCCGUGUCGUUAUUUUAGCGCUGCGUGUAGCACACCGCUACAGUGACCCAAAAAAAAAGAGAAGAAAAGAGAAAAAAACCCUGCUAAAGCGAGAAAAAAGUGAGAAAAAAAAAGAACCCAUUAGGUGUUCAACCCUGGAGCCAUGCAUCAUACUUAAAGCUUCUAAAGAUAAACAAA